AUGCCUGAGCCAUUGUCGUCCUUGUCGCCUGCCAAACAGAACUCACGCUCCUCUCCCGUCAAGCUUCAGUUCAACAACAAACUAGAAUUCAACCUGUCCACCGAUUCCCUCAAAUCUCCUCCUACCAUGUCCUCAGUCGCCCUGGCGCAAACAAGUUCAAUAGAAGCCAUGGAUAUCCAUCAUUCCAACAUCUCUAUCGACCGUCCCACCUCUCCUCCCGCACCUCCCAGUCAAUCCCCGAGCCCGCGAAAGGGAUUCUCCCCAAUUAAAUAUCGUUUACAAGAUAAUGCUAAAGGCAUGGACUCGCCUCCUGCUUCACCGGCCGAGGCUACACUGCGGUUUAAUGAAGGCCUAACUCAAGCCAUCGAGAACAUGCAAAACAUUCCCCACACCGACUCUUUGGACGACUCCAUCCUCCACCACAGUCCCAGCAGUAGCCUCGCCCCAUCCCCCGAGCGCGACAGCACCAUCAACACUAUUGACCAAGACAAUCUUGACGACCUGACCGUGACACUCAGUCUAGACGAUAAAUCCAAUCACGACGAGACGGUUGGUGAUUUAAGCACAAUCUCGGCUAUCCCUACAGACAUGACCCGAUUCGCCAAUUUACGCAACUCCCCGUCUAAACAGCCAGGUCCAGAGGCAUGGUCUCCAUCCAAGCAAUUACGCACAUCCAUAAUUGCUAGCACUCCAACCACCGGCCAACGACCCUUGCGGCUACUCUCUUCUUCGCGGCAUAGCACGUCUUCCAACGAAGACGAUGAUGCGACACCUCGAAGACCACGCAACUCGAAUGACUCGCCUACAGAUCUGAUGAAUUUCACUACCCAAACUAAUAUUGUCAUUCCACCUCCCACUUCAGCGCCUCGAACGAUGAGACGAAGUCCGUCAGGGAGAGGGGCAUUUCCCAUCAAGGUCAAUCCUAGCCCUGCUCACCGCUCACAGGCAUCUGUUGAUCGCGAGAGAGCCACGGGCCGUUCACCUCAGAAACAGCAUCAAGCUGUAUUUGCUGAAAUUGCUGAAAGGACGGUCCCAUCGACUCCUGCCACUCAGCGCCAUAGCAUGUACAGUAGUUCUACUGGACUGGGGGUUGAUUUGUUGGACAUUGACCUCGAACCUAUGGCCACCCCUCGGUCCAUUCCAACCAUUACACCACGUGAACUAGAAACCUUGCGGUCGGAACUGCAAUCACGUAUUUCUGGCUUGGAGGCGACUCUGUCUGGCAAAGAAGCCGAAGUCAUGGCGUUGAAGCGUUCCAUCACCGAUGCCGAGGUUCGAGCAGGUAAAAUCAGCGAAGAGCUUCGGACUGAACGUGCCUCUCGUGAAGACCUGGAGCAUACCAAAGAUGAAUUGGAGCGGAGAAGUCGAGAGAUGGAAGAAGUGCUCCGUGAGGUAAAGCAGAACGUCUUCCUCGAAGAACGAGAAAAAGAAAAGCUUAGACGACAGACGGAGGAGGCGGAUCGAAAAGUGGAGGAGCACGAAGUCAGAAUUCUAGAAUUGCAGGCUUCUCUCGAUACCCUUAAAUCAGAGCGUGUCAGAUGCGCUCCCAGCCCCGCCAAAACCAGUGGACCAGCGACCCCCGGAUUAAGUUUGGACAUUGAUUUUGCGGUCAAGGAUGCCACCGAAAAGGUCGCUCGUGAGUUGCAUGCUCUGUACAAGAGCAAACAUGAACGAAAGGUAUCCGACUUGAAGGUCAGCUAUGAAAAGCGCUGGAUUAAGCAGGUCGAGCAACUCCGAAAUGAACUCAAGCAAUCGCACGAAGAGGUUCUUCGGCUACAGACGGAAAAGGAGGCGACGAUGAGUGGGGUCAUACCUGGACAGAGUGAGCUGAUCUCGAGAAUGGAGGGGCAGAUUGAAGAGCUUCGCAGAUGGAAUGAAGAAGCGACUGCCGGAACCAAGAUGGCGGAAGCAGAAGCCGCUGGUCUGCGUGGCCAGGUGGACUCUUUGACAAUGGAGACGGAUUCUCUGCGUAAGGAAGUGGAACAAGAGAGAGUGGAAAAGGGGGAACUGGUCGCUCAAGUGGAUUUAUUCCUCACCAUGAGCACUCAGCAAGAAGAACAACGGGCGGCUGUGCGACAACAAGCUCAACCUGUUAGCCCUCCACGAAGCGAGGACGGAAAUGGGCGGCCUAAUAGUGCGGCCGCCAUUGCCAGUCCGAACAAGUUCAGGAAUAGCAUGACUGGACCAAGUCCUGGGCCCGCAACCACUACAAGUCGACCCCGGCCGAUGAGCAUGUUACAAAAGCCUACGGCUGGUAAAUAUUCGGGGAUCCCAGCUCCAGGAUCUGGACUGAAAGCACCAAGCAGCAAGUCUAAUGGGUAUGGUGGAAGGGGAGGAGGGAUUAUGGAAGGAAUUGCUCGCAUGGGUGCUGGAGGGAGAUGA